GCUUUCAAAACGCUCCUCCCUACGCGUGUGGCUGCUCUUCAGUCAGUCCGAGCUGCGUUUUCUAGGCAUAAACAGACAUUCAAGCUGGCGGACAGACAACACAGCUGAUUCUUAGUAUCCACUCUUUGGGCAGCGGGAGAGUUGGUAAUCAGAGGUUUUAUAGUCUGCUCGACAUGCCACCCAACAUGGAUUACUUUUACCACGAGUCCCGAGUCCCUUCAGCUUGCGGGCUUACCCGGGAGGAUGAGCUGGAUCCUGGAGUCAUCAGCUGUAUGCUGGUCGGAGACGGCGCAGUCGGGAAGACAAGCAUGAUUGUCAGCUACAUAUCUAAUGGAUAUCCAGCAGAGUACAAACAGACGGGUUUUGAUGUGUUCUCCGGUCAGGUCCAAGUGGAAGGAUCUGCAGUCAGAGUUCAACUUGUGGACACUGCUGGACAGGAAGAGUUUGAUGAAUUCAGGGCUCUUUCCUACGACCACACAGAUGUCUUUCUUCUGUGCUUCAGCAUGGUCAACCCCACUUCAUUUCACAACAUCACCAAGAAAUGGGUGCCAGAGAUCCGGGCUCACAACCCGUCCUCACCCAUCAUUCUUGUCGGAACCCAGUCUGACCUUCUGCUGGACGUGAACGUCCUUAUCAACUUGGACCAGUCUAAAGUUAAACCAAUCCCAACCUCUCGGGCCAGGAGCAUGGCGGACAAAAUCAGGGCCACAGACUACAUAGAAUGCUCGUCACUCACACAGAAGAACUUGAAGGAGGCGUUCGAUGCGGCUAUCUUUGCCGCAAUUAAGAACAAAGCCCGCAAGAGCAAGAAGAGGAGGUUUUCCGACAGGCGCACUAAAGCUUUCUCCAGAUGCAGCUGGAAGAAGUUUUUCUGCUUCAUCUGAACUCUGCUUGUUAACCCUGUGGGUUGUGGACCAAACUUCUAAUUUAUAUAAACAUGUUACUUUCACUUUCAUCACAUAUCAGAUUGGUUACAUCCUUCAUUGUUUGAAAAGGGGCCUAACUUUUUUCUUGAGUGCCAAAAUGUCACUCACAUCCAAUGUCCAGUCCCAGUGAGACUGAUGCAUAUUCAGAUGUUUGUUAAAGGACAACUUCCUGUUUGAAUAUAUAUAUAUAUAUAUAUAUAUAAAUUAUAGUGUGAUGCUUGAGAGAAAGAUGCAAUCACAUAAGACUUUUAAGGGAUGUGAUCAACCUGCAGAGCAUGGCCAGAGAGAAGAGCCAUGCCAGUAUGUAAAAGCUGUGAAUUUGCAUGCUCUGUGGCUACAACCUUUCAUGUAAGCAAAGGGAGAACAGAAAGUGUGAGGACUUUAUGUUUGAGCAGAUGGGCGUUGUUUCUUCUUGCGUGGCUGCAGCAACCUAUUUAUAUGCGGCACCUGUGAGUUCAGGUCGCAGUGAGAAAUGCAGCAUUCUUGUCAGAGCUUCCCUGGCUGGUUUGGUUGGGUAUUUUCUUGUCCUCGAGCAAGUCAGCUGAUAACCAUAUCAAGCCUGACAUUUAUUUUUGACACGACUGACACACAGCACCAGGAUUUUGUGUUUAUGACAAACCAAAAAAAAAGUGUCUUUGAUGUCUGAAUCUUUCAGUCAGGACAGGAACUGGGUUGGAAAAAAUCCUCUGGUCUGCAGUAAAAAGUUGCAGGAGAGGUAACCUUUUGGCUUUUUGUCCCUGACUCUCAUCAAUCUGCAUCUGUAAAAGCAAGCACUGCAGGAGUCUGCAGAUCCUCCCACCGACAUCAUAAGCCUGACUUUCCUUCUUUUUUUUCCACCUCUCUUUGUUUAUAUCCUCAAUGUACCCCCAAUCUCCUCAGAAACCCAGUGAGUCCAGAUGGAGGAUGCUUACCAGCCUCUGUGUGGGUGUAACUGUAAGAAAAAUACUUCUCCAAAGCCUUUAGAGAAAUUAGUGUUUUGCACUGUUGCACAUUAAUAUGUGGUGUAUGUGAAAGUGUUUGUAAGUAUGGGCUGUAUUAUGCUUCUUGUAGAAGCAAAUUGGUUGUUUCUGUUUGUUGAAGCAAACAAUAAAGAUAAAAUUCAAAAUCACAAUUUUACCCUGCAGAUUACGCUUUGAUAUGCCAGAUUAUUGUUUCUAAUCUCAACCAACAUGUCCUUCUCUAACUUGUCUUUUUUACAUGGGGGAGUGAUGUGAUUCAAAUAAACUGAGAGCAACUUACA